GUGUUUGUGGAGCUUUGUUGUGGACGGCGAUUAUCGCGUAUUUCGGGUCCUCUCUCAGUUUGGGUGCUUCCUGUGGCUUCCAUGACCCCCCACCGCCUACUAUGAGCAUUGAAACAUGUUCAAGAAGAACGCCACAUCAGGAGACGUCAAGAAAAGCCAAAGCAAAUGCCUGGACGUCAAGCGAGAUACGCCCACCCGCUUGAAGCAUCUGCGGACGGUGCUGGAUAACCAGGAACCUGGGGAAGUAAAAGUCUUUUUAGAAGUAAACUACAGCCCUGUGUUCCAUGUCUUCUACGAGGCAUUCAUCACAUUCGAGGGAAAUCUACGGCAGAAGGGGACUUUUGCUGUACAACGAAGUCACAGGGAAGACCUAGAAUGUUCACUGUAUGUGCUUGAUCGUCUCCUGUGUAUCCUUCCUGAACUAUUUGAGCGAAGAUGGCAGUGCAACGCACUUACACAUAUAUUCAAAAAAAUCCUUCAUCCUGGCAACACAGUACGGUUACGGAGGGAAGCAAUGAGGUUGUUCAUUCUGUGGUACAUGAUCGUUGGAGAUGCAAAGACUCCAGAGAUGGACCGCAUGUUUGCCUCCCUCGUUCCAGGGUUCCCCAUCCCCCCUCCUGCUGCCAUGCCGCCAGACUUGGGUUAUGGGGGAAUCACCUGCGUGGAGCCCUCACCCGUCAUUCAACCCUCCAACACGGAGAAGACCCCUGAUGACCUUACCUCUUACUUCCUCAGGUCGCUCAUGGAUUUUAUGGUCUCGCAGGUCCGGAGGAUUGAGUGGCGAGAUCGCACACAACACACCAAAUCUUUUUCAUACCUGUUUGCAAUGUUUCGUGCCUGGUAUAUGCCACACAUUUUCCCCAGUUUCAAUCCUGAAAAUACACUCUAUAAACCUAACUUGGAACUACCUGAACUGAGGGGCAGUCCUGGUGUGAGUCCUUACGGCACAUGUCAGGUGGCAGUUGUGGAGUGGGUGCGGAAAUUUGUCAUAGCUACCUCACAGCGGAGUGGACAAUCGCUAUCCUCUGUCAGUGAGGAUGAUGGACGUCGCUCUGGCCAUGGAGAUGCACCGGAGGGAAGUACCAGUGACCAGGAUUCAGUCACAUCAGCAUUUUACGUCAGUGAUGAAGGAGGAUCAGGAGAGGAUGGCAUUAUGGUGCGCGACAUUCUCUUCUCCUCUCGAGAGAAUAUCAACUUCAUCCACGAACUCUUUCGCCAAGCACUGUGUCUUAGUUUCCGUUAUGCAGGGGUCAUGAAAACUGUAAUAUUUUCCUACAAAGACUGGAUACAGAUGAAUACCCCAGAAAUGCCCCCCUUCAUGCUGGAGCCUUUGGAAGGAGGGACGAGCCCAAGGGACGACGCAGCAGGCUCUAUGGAAAACAACAGCCAAAGACGCCUGCGUAAUGAAUCUUACCUUGGGGCUGUCAACAAAGAGAUUCAUAUUCGAGCUGGCCUUCAGAAUGUUCUGCAAGUUUUCAUCACAAGUGCAGCCAACGUGUUCCUCCUAGAGGUGUCACCCGACUACCCACGUCUCUUGGAUGAACAGGUUGAGGUUUGCAAACACGUGCUCAAUAUUUACCGAUACAUGGUCAUGAACACUCGCAUGGAACAGAAAACAUGGGAGCAACUACUGGUGGUGCUACUUCACAUUACCUCCCAGACUCUCUGCGGUCGACCUGCCACCCACAAGGAGGACUCUCUAGGUGGAAGGUUUGCCUCAGCACUGUUUCAGACCCUUAUUGUUUCAUGGAUUAAGGCCAACCUGAGUGUGGUAAUCUCAGGCGAUCUCUGGGACCAGCUCCUCCUCACUCUCUCGUCCCUUACCCAUUGGGAUGAGCUUGUCAAGGAGUGGGCUAAAACAUUAGACACACUAACUAGGGUGCUUGCCCGCCAUGUGUACGGCUUGGAGCUCAAUAACCUCCCUUUAGAGCGAGUGACAGAGCGCCGGAUGAUAAAGCGAGGCACCAAGUUAACAGGAUUAGAUUCUGUAAGAAGCAGUUUUGCCCGAAGCUGGAGUAGUGUGCGGAUGGAACGGCAAGUUAGUGCUGCGGAAGGACAUUCCAGUGCAGCUCCCGCACUCUCUCAUCUGCAGGAGGAAGCCCAUGCAGACCACUCUGCUUCACAUAGUGGGAGCGAGCGCAGCCCAUUCAGCCGAAAGAGAAGGAGCAGUUCUGGGGGAGGUUCUCUCAAAGCUGGAGCGGGUGGUAGUGGUGGCAGCCCCAAACUCUCUCCUCACCAUCCCUCGAGCGAUCACUCUCACCAUCACCACCAUCACGAUCACCAUCCCCAUCCUCACCAUCACCACCAUGGGCUAGCCAGGAGGCUGACGCGCUCCCUUUCAGAGUCCAACCUGUUUGUCAGGAGGAGGUCAGGCAGAGGUCGGUCGCACGGAGACUGUGACGGCCACAUGACCAGCCAUGGAUUCCUGCACGGCACCAGAUCCAAAUCACUAGAGACGCUCUCGCAUGGCUAUGGUGACGAUGACUCUCGAACACCUUCCCCGUCACCGUCGUCCGGGGUGGAGUCGUCUUCGAUGAAGGACUCUCCCAUGCAGAUUGAAUUGGGGGGAGACACCGCCAGUAUAGAUACGCUGGAAGGAGGCUUGUCAUCGGAACAGCGCUCAGUCAUGUCAGGCGGGACGGUUCGAGGGUGGCUUCCAGAUGUUGCAGUGGUGUUGUGGAGAAGAGUGCUGGGGCUCCUUGGUGACCCGAAUGAUGUUGCAUCCCCACUCAUUCAUGCGCAGAUAUUCAAAUACCUCUCUGAACUUACUGAUACUUUGGUCAAGUUGCGAAAUAAUCAAAGCAUUUCAGUUGACAACCAAAGCAGCCCAGAGCCUCCAGAACUAAUACCUCCAAUUUUGCUAGUCGCCCCUUGGUGCUUCAGGGCUUUAACACUGCCACCUCCUUUUCAUCGAGGCAAAACACUAGCCUACCGGUUGUUGUGUGUGAUGAUGGUACGCAAGCAUGAUAUCCCACCACCAAAAGACAUUCUUACACAUUUUUAUAGAGUUCUUCACCAAGGUUUAGUUGGUCAAGAUCAGGAAAUAAUCAACACAUUAGUAGCAGAAUGUGGCCCACACUUCUUCUCCCUGGGAUUACCAGGUGCUACCAUGCUCACCCUGGAUUUCAUUUUUGCUACUAACACUGUCAUAACUGCUCCUGAUUCCAAAGUUCAGUCACCGCGUCUAGAGGCCUUAAGUCUCCUCGGAUCUUUGCUGCCGCUCUCAUCGCUUUACCCGUCCAUGCCAGUCCUUCAGCCUUCUGCCUCGGAUCUUGCUCUUAUGAACUGCUCAGAUGUUAAGGAUCACUUGGUGAAUGUGUUACUGAAAAGCGGGAAGAAGGACAGCUGGUGGCGCACCAGGUCCCUGGCCUUGUGCACGCUAGCCCUUUACCUCUACCAUGAGCUGGCCAAUCAGACUUUCCACACGAAGGUCAAUGAGGCUAUAAAUGUCCUCCUUGCGUCCUUGAAGCAAGCAGUACCUUCAACGCACCCAACUAAGCAUCUGGCCCAGAAUGCUGAGAUUGGACGCUUGGUGGGUCAGAUAGCAGCUGACUUACUCCUGCUCAUGUGUGACCAUGCAGAAGCUCUCCUCACGCACUAUCCAGAUGUACCAGUUAGAAUUAUUCAGGUACUCUGUCAGACACUAGGAGCUAUCGGAACUGACAACAGCCUCACUGUCAGCACUGAUGGAAAACACCUUGUGCUUUCAUGCCUCUUUUGCCUGGCGGAGUGGGUCAUGCGCAUGCCUCAACAAGUACUUAUUCAACCUAUGCAAGACAAACAUACUCUACUUCAACAUGUAUUCAAGGUGCUUCAUGUUAUUACCAGUGGUAAAAAGAGCAAUCAUAUAAAAUCACCCAACAUAGAAAUUGUGGAUUUUGAAAGCCAUGUCCGGGAAGAUUUGGGCAGGAGUGGGAGUGUGGAUUCCUCAACCUGGGGAGACUCCCUCAAGAGGUCUUCCUUCCCUGCGUCGUGCACUUCCACCAUAAAACUAGCUGCAAGAUCGAUCACAAGUCACAUCAUGAACCACUUAUGGCAUUUCCCUCUGGGUGUGGGAGCACAAAGGCUUUCUUCAUUGGUGGUCGAAGGAGAUGAUGUCCCUGGUCUUUCUGGAGAUGAAUUGUCAUCUGAGGUGUUCCUUUCACCGCACAUUCAGCUUUUUGCCCUCAAUCAGUCAUGUUUGUUGUCUCUGGUUCAGCUUCCAGCACUGCAGGUUCCAGGAGGGGCAGCCACUGCAGGAUUCAAGACACCAAAUUCAGAGGUGAGACUCAUCAUGCGGGAUCUCUCUGGAAAGUUCUCAUGGGAUGCUACCCUUCUCUAUGCCCCACCUAGUGAGUGCAUGGCCGACCCAGCCAUUCAUGUCCACCACCAACAAAUGAAGCAGUCGCAGCAGUUGCAAGCACAAGCACAACAGCAACCGAGCAUGUCUCCUGGAGCUACAACUGGACCCCCUCCACCACUACCUGGUUACACAGGUUUAGGAGUUCAGUUCAGUUCGGCAAGCAGCUUGGAGCACCACACCGGGAGCCGCGAUGAUAUCAUGUCUUCCUCAUUUGUUGUGACAUCCCCCCCAAGGCACACCCUUCGGCACCGACCACCGGGGAUUUUGCCAACACAUGAAGAUUCGGCAGAGGAUCUGGACAACUUGGAUGAUCUAUUGAACUAUGUGGGUCAUACAAGCCCAGAAGUGCUGGAGCAGUUUGGCCAUGCAUUGAAUGAAGCUGUAGGUCCUCCACCAACACUUCCCAUUGAGUCUCAGCAUGAUGCUAUUUCAACCAUACUCAAUCAGCGCAAUGUGGAGAAUGAGUUCUUCUGCAGACACUCUUCUGAUAUGAACAUGGUGUGUCCAGAAGUCCGUUGUCCAACCCCAGUGGAGUCACGUUCAGUGUUCCAGCAAGGGAGGCUUAUCUUCGACCAAUUGGGAUUGGCAUCGUGGGAGAAGCGGAAAUCCAUUCACACGCUCAAGAAGAAUGACAAAUUACUGCGCGAGCUGAAGAACUUGGAUAACCAGAAAUGCCGAGAAACCCACAAACUGGCUGUUAUAUAUGUAGCAGAAGGGCAGGAAGACAAAAUGUCAAUCCUUAGUAACAGUGGUGGAUCUGCUGGCUUUGAGGAAUUUGUAGGAGGACUUGGCUGGGAAGUAGAGUUAGCCACGCACACAGGAUUUAUGGGUGGACUGCAGCGAAAUGGCUCAACAGGAGAGACUGCUCCUUACUAUGCUACAUCACUGACUGAGGUCAUCUUCCAUGUAUCAACCCGAAUGCCUUCGUACUCAGAGCAAAGCAUGUUGCAAAAGACUCGCCACCUUGGCAAUGACGAGGUACACAUCGUUUGGUCAGAGCACACGCGUGACUAUAGAAGAGGCAUCAUUCCUACAGAGUUCUGUGAUGUCCUUAUUGUGAUUUACCCACUGCCAAACCAGCUCUACCGGAUACAGAUUUCAACAAAGCCAGAUGUUCCCUUUUUUGGCCCAUUAUUUGAUGGAGCUAUGGUAGCUCACAAGGUCUUGCCAGGCCUAGUGCGCAGCACAGCAAUCAAUGCCUCAAGAGCCAAACGCAGUAGAUUGGCACUUUACCAGAACUUCUAUGAAGAACGAGCAAGAGCUCUUGACACCAUCAUCGAACAGUAUAGUGAACCCACAACCUUCGAGGCCUUUAUAUCAUCUGUCUACUGCCCCGUCUUCCCCGCGACAUUCACUUCGGGCCCAACUCGCGCCUCAGGGACUUCUUUCUCAUCGCGGGUGUUUGACUCCUCCAUGGGUGGCUUCGGUGGUGGCUCAGGGGUGUCGGGACUCGCGGCAGCCCUCCUGGACGACCCUCAGCUACCCCCUGGCCCCCCCCAGAGACCUCCACUGACCAGGCCCACCAGCUAUUCCACUGGGGAGCAGCACCACCUUCGAGAGAAAGCAAGGAGUGUCCUCCUGAUGGACCACAUAAGCAAUGAUGACGGGAGCGGCUCGUCUCCCCGCGGCAACAAGAAGCUCUCCUUCAAGACCCCUCGCAAGGUGUCCUCGGCGGUGACCUCAGCCGGGGCGGCCGCAGCUGCCACCACCCCCCCUGAGAGCCCCAUGCCCCCACCCAGGAGGCCUAAGGAUGGAAUGCAUCAUGUUAAUCUCAAGAAAUAGAGUGGGCUUUUUUUUUUUUUUCUUAUCUUCUGUGAAGGUAGUUUUUGAUUGUUGUUUCUUUUAAGUCUUCUUGUUGUCUUUGUCUUGGUCGUCAUCCCCCCCCCCCUCCUUUUUUUCCUUAUUUGCUGCAGGCAAUAGAGAGCACUUUUUUAUACAAUAGCAAUUUGAUUGAAAUUUAUUGGUCGUCGGCACUCUUGUAUGUUUUAAGUUCUGAUUGCCAAAGGAAAAUUGUUAAACAUGGUGGCAACGAUGAAUAUAUUGUUAAUGACCACAUUUAGAAAAUUAAUGUGAUUUCAAAAUGCUAAAAGUGACCAAGUAUGACAAAUUGCAGGUUAUUGCUCAGUGGAAGUCUGUCUGUGCUUACAAAUAAUUUCAUACAACUGCAAGCAAUUCUUUCACCUCAAGUCUUGUGAGAUGUUUCACAUAAGGACACUUGUGAAAGGGAAAUAAAAAAUGUGUUUGCUGGUGAAGUGACUGAUGUAUAAACAUUCUUAUAAUAUUAUGGAUAAUAUUUACUUUGACAGAAUAUUCUGAAUUAUUCUCUACCUAGAUAGCUUAAGAUAACUGAUGCAUCUAACUUAUUAUGUAUGUACUAUUGCAGUACAGUGCUGAAACCUAUAUGGAAAGGAGAAGGAAAGUAGAAAGUUACAAAUGUUAAUAGCAAGCAAAAUGGUUUUGCCUCGCUGUGACUGGCAAGAUUCUCUAUAGUUGGAUGUUGAAAUGCUAAUGUUCAUGGCAUACACUUGUGAUUAUGAAUUUUCUUUGUGAAAAAUGUUUUUGAACAGAGGAAGGGAGGAUAGAUAAUUUUCAAUCUUUAUUUCCUUUGAUUAACUUGCUUUCUUUGUCGUGAACUAAUUUAAGUUGAUCCAGCAUGGGGAGAAGAGGUCUUUAGUACUGAUGUAGAUUUUUUAUCUUAUUUAGUUCCUCUAUAGUUUGUUAGUUUGAAUUAUACUGCUGUGGAUACAAAAAACUCAACUGCAUGAUGUAUAUAUAAAAGUAAUCAUGACUUGAGAUGUAUCAUUUUUUUUUUUUUUUUAAGGAAAUUUGUAAACAGUUUGCCAAUUAUCAUUAUAUUUGAGGCAAUGGAAAAGGAAAAGAUGUUUACAGUAUCUUUGUAAGAAGGUUUAGGGUUGGACAGAAUGGAAAAGAUCUGUGUUUACCAUGAGAAUUACCAUUUCACUCAAAACUUACUAAAUGCCAAAAAGAAAGUAAAAAGAAAAGUAUAUAAGCAGGUCACAUAUUUGCUAAUAGUAGAUUUAAAACCUAAACUUGACAGUAGGUGGACUUUUUGGUACCAAGGAAGGGAAAGGAGGGCAGUUGCAGAAGUUGCUGCAUUUGUAGUAGGUAUGAAAGGGUUUAAACAUUGCUUCUAUAAUUACCAGGGAAUUUGAAGAAGAAAAAAGGAGCUUUUGAUUGCAAGUUUCCCUCUUGGUCACAUGCAAGAAGCACAAGGUCUGUGAAUAUAGAAUGCCUUAUUUUUACACAGUGAAGGUAAUGUAGGUAAAACAAAACAAAAAGUAAAUUUAUAAUUAGAAGGGGCUUUCAAAUAAAUUGUCUUGAGUUUGCUAUUGCUCACCAAAGCUUUAGUUCUGCAUGGCUAUGAGGAAUACAUGAUUGGUUCUUAACCUGAUUAUCUAAACUUGGAAUAUGUUUGAUAAAUGAUAUUAAGAUGAAAAUUCAUUGAUUUUUUUUUUUUUUUUUUUUUUCAGCAGACUUUGUACUGUGAUAAAUGUAUUCCUAUAUUGUUGUGCUGGAAAACAGAGAAGAAACAAAUCUGUUGCAUUUACUAAUGCAUACUCUGAGUGUUAGUGAUUUAACAAACUUAAGUCAUUUGGUCUGUCCAGAGAGAGGUUUUCAAUCUGUAACCCAUGUGAUGAGUCUGUUUCAGGUGGUCUUGAUAAUGACUGUUAUAUACCAUGCAUUGUUGGCUCAAGAACAUGCAACCAUGCACUCAUGCAGACACACACAUGCAGACAGGUACACAUGCAAAUAGACACUUGCAUGCAGAUACACAUUCUUGCAGACAGACACAUGCUUGCAGAUAGGCACACACAUAAAUAGACACACCCACACAUACAGAUAGACACACAGAGGCACACAGACACAUACACAUAGAAACAAACAAACAGACAAAUGAACACAGUAACUCACUCAAUAUUAUGCUUUAAGAGGUUUGUGAUGAAACAAGAAUUUCUCUACAUUUGGUUACUAUUUAUAAAAUUGAUAUCAAAUGCACUAGCAAGAGUAAAUGUAAACUAUGGUUAUUAAUUGUUUUUGAAUGCAAAAAGAGAUUAUAUAUAUAUUUUUCAUCAUUGGUGUUCUGUAUGUACAAUUUAUCAAUAGUUAGGAAAAAGGGUUCCUGUGUAGCAUGCCAAAAUAAGGUGCAAAAAUGUUAGAUAUUAAUGAUAUCUAAGGACCUGACAGAGCACGAAUCAUAUUUGUUAAGGCUUGGAACUGUGAAUAGCAAAUUAUUAGUCAGGUAGAAAAUCAUGCCAAUUCUUGCACAUUAUAAGAUAGCAGGAAUAGAUAUUCACGGAUAUAGAUAAGUGGAGAUAAGUCUGAUUGCAGGAAAGUACUAUAUAUUAUUAAUGUGGAUUAAAGUAUUCCUGUAACCAGAUGAUUAAGAUUACAUUUCAAUUUACUCUCAGCUUUCACAGUGAAUUUAUGGAUGCUCACUGUCUUCUCUUCAUCUUCGUGAGAUGAAAUGUGAUGCCUUACACAUCAUUUCUUCCAUGCAUAACUUGUAUAAAAUUUUAUUUAUGAUUAUACAAUGUAAACAGACAACAGUGUUCAUUUAUGGAAAUCUUAAUAGUAAAUGUUUCAAGUGGCUUGGAACCUGUCCACCUUUUUUGAGUAUCCUUGUUAGUAUUCAAAUGAAAAAAAGAAAUCUUGGCAUGUGUUGUGAAAGGCUAACACUCUUAAGGAUAUACUUUUGUUAUGAUUUAGUGGUCCUUGUACUGCUAUACUACUACUGCUACUGUUCAGUCUUGCAAGAUUGAAGAUAUAAACACAACCAAAGACUUGUUGUCAUUUAAGGAACACAGAUCUGCUCCAAGUAAAUGUUUUGAUUGUUUUGGGAGAAAUUGCUUGCUUUGUAAGAUUUGCUUUGUGUCAAAGGGUUUGUGUAUGUAAGUUGAAUUAUUAUGAAUACAGCAAUUUACUCUUGCCUAUAGCAAUGAUUAGUAAAUUUUUGUACUUAGGGAAUGCCAACAUUUUUUUUCUUGUGGUGUAUCUGUAGAGGAUUGCAGUAUAAGUUGUAUAUUGUUCAUAACCACCGGCUUUUGUGGAUUACUGAGAAGCACAAAACUACAAUUUUCUUAUCCCCUGUGCUGUCAAAUUCCAGUGAAAGAUAUUUGCAAUUAGUGUGUUACCACCUGUGACAGAGUUCCUAGUUGUGUGGUGUACUAGAAAGAGGUUUGCCAGUGACAAGGAGUGAAAACUUUAACUUGACACUUGACGUAGCCUCUCCGUGAUCAUCAAUAAUUUGGUUUUAGUACACCAGCAGCCUAGUGGUUCUGUAGUGGUCCUGUUAAGGCUGUUGAGGCCAGCUUUCAUUCGCUGUUAAUCAUCGAUAUGGCAGGAUCGGUAAAUAUAACAUUUAGGUUAUUACGUAAGGAGUACUUAAUUUAUCUUUUUUUUUUUUUUCUUCUUCUUCUUUUAUUAUUAUAAUUAUUUUUAGGAAUGCUGAUAACUGUAGUUCAAAUAAUACUUCCACAGUCUCUGUAUUGGUUCCAGUUUCUGAGAUCAUCCUACUUGUACACACCAAUCAUCACAAGAAUCAAAAGAUACCUGAAUUACUUCUACAAGUGAUGGCUAAAGCUUUUUGAAUUAUUUUAUAGUUAUGUUGUUGUUGUUUUCCUUUCAUAUUAUUCUCUUUUCUUGAUGUAUAUACGUACUUACCUCUGAAAUCACUUACGUAUUUUAAGAAAGGAAUCGAUGGUUGUUAGAUGGAUGUUUUCCUGUAGGUUUAUUUUUAUUUAUUUUAUUUUUUUUAUAUAUAUAUAUUUUUAAGGUAAUUAGUUCUGAUUAAUUUAACCUUCGUAUCAUAUAAAAUCGUGAAUCUUCUGUCAAGCUGAAAGUUUGUUUUGCUCGUCUUUUAAUUACAUUAUCCUUCAUGUGAUUAAGUGGGACAAUCCCCUUCGACAAAUCCUGAUAAUUAUUUUUUUGUAAUUUUCCUUAUGAGACGUGUUUUCACUACAGUGGAUUCCAGUUAUAGAGAUAGAUAUUUUCAGCUUUAAGUUACUGGUUUUAGAAGGAGAUUUUAGUGUAAUUUAAUGUGAUUAAUCUUGUAAGUAUUUCUACCAGUGUUUAUGAUCUAUUUUUUUAUAUUUUAUUUAUUUAUUUAUUUUUUUUUCUAAUGUGAAAUCAUUUGCAUGCUGUGGCACAAAUAGCACAAAACAUUACAUUUGUGUCACUAGUUUUAGCAGUCUAUUUUAUUAUUUUUAUCUCUUUUGUGGUUGUAUUUUAUUAUUAUUUUUUUUUUUCAUUUUAUUUUUUUUACUCUUCCUUUAUGUUAAUUAGGUGUUUAAAAGGAAACUUGAUAGAAAAUCUUGUAUAUCUUCAAUACUCUGUGAUACUAUUCCUUCCUCAGAUUAAAAAAAACAAACAAAAAACAAAAAAAAGAUGUGUUUAGAGCUACGACUAGUAAAAAAAAAAAAAUGAAGAAUCCUUAAAAAAGAAAAGGAAAAAAAGAAAGCAUUUCCAGACUUUCUUUCUUCUGCGCAGAAAUGAGAAGUUGUAGGAGUUUUCCCUUUUCUUGCUUUUCUUUUUAAUAGGGGACCAGAUUCUGCUGCGUCUUGUGUGUGAAACGACUCUAAGAAGAAAGUGGAUUUCUCUCGACUUUGUUGUUGCUUCCAUCAGAGCGGCAAAGACCGAUUUGUGUACCUUUUCGGAAAGGGAACCGUUUGUAUUUAAGAGAUGGCAUGCGUUAAUUCUUCCUUUUUACUCGUUUUAGCGAUUUUGGAAGUGGUACAUAAAAUAACAGUUAUGUAGUAAAUUUGAACAUCAAAAUCUGUGAAGGCCCCGACUUCCUUAGCAGUAUUAUACACAAAGACUGAACAGCAGUUUAGCGUUACUUUUCAGAUACUGGUCAUUAUGUUGCCAAUAACAGCUUCAGAGUGUAAAGACUGGCAUAGGGCUUAGUGCUUAUGCAAUAUCUAUCCAUUUUGCCUAGCUGUUCUUGCAGUAUAUUCAGCAUUUUCUUCUGAUUGCGGUGGAUGUUACUAUUAUUUGAAAUUAAAAUUGCCCACUGUGAUUAAUUACCUAUGUAAGUAGUAUAUAUAUUUUUUUUGGUAUCAUGAAUUUGCAUAUAGCUACUGUGUUGAAGCUUACCUUGUAUAUUUCUUCUCAGGAGGAUGCUUUAUGUUACACAAAUCAAAGGUGAACUGCUAAUAUAAGGUUGAUGUGUGGAGUAUGGGUGGCAUUGAAAAGGAAAACGAGGUCUGUUAGAAAUCCAAAAUUCCUCCUUGACUGCCAAUAUAUUGUGUGUCAAGGAAGUUUUAAAUGUGAACUUCUAUUGCUUAAGAUACAACGAUUGUGAUUUGUUUAAAGGUUCGUGAAGAGGAGUGAUGAUGAUUGUGUUGGACCUGGCAAGUUGAAUGUGUGUCUGAUUAUAUUUAUUGAGGAUUUUCAGUAAAACUUCUUUUCGUUAUUGUUGACAGAAAUUGUAGAUGAAUAUUUUAUAUUUCUAUAUCAUUAAUUAAAUUAAUUAUAAACCCACUUGACCCAGAAAAAAUGCUGAAUAUUUUACCAGAAAUCACAAACCAUUCCAUCUUCCCUAUGCUACCUUGUACAUGUUGUACAUAGGAGUUUCUGUACAUCUUAACUAUUAUGUAUAUACAUAUAUAAGAAUAAAAUUAUAGUUCUA